CGUAAGCCAUCUGUGAGGGGUGGGAAGAGGGUUUGCAGGACUUGCCGGGAGUUUUUGCAGCCUCGUUUGCUGCAGUUUGUGAGUUUUGUGGGAAAGUGGGCUGCUGACCAUCCGUCAGAUGUGAUCCAGUCUCUCAUUUUCUCACAUCAUGUCUACAGAGAACACCUUAGAUGAUGAAGAUACUUUUAAGAUCUUGAUUGCUACAGACAUUCACCUUGGUUACCUUGAAAAGGAUGGCAUUCGUGGCAGCGACACAUACAACACACUAAAUGAGCUCUUGAAGUGUGCCAAGACACAUCAGGUAGAUUUCAUCCUACUCGGUGGUGAUUUGUUUCAUGAGAACAAACCCUCUCGGCGCUGCCUCCACGCGUGUAUCACCAUGCUACGACAGUACUGUAUGGGAGACUCACCCAUACAUUUCAACAUACUCAGUGACCAGACUGUUAACUUCAACACCACUCGGUUCCCUUGGGUUAACUAUCAGGAUGAAAACCUCAACAUCUCCAUCCCUGUAUUCAGUAUUCAUGGUAACCAUGAUGACCCAACAGGAGCUGAGGGCUUGUGUGCUUUGGAUCUGCUCAGUGCUUCUGGUCUUGUCAAUCAUUUUGGUCAUUCCCAGUCAGUGGAAAAGAUUGAGAUCAGUCCCAUCCUCUUGCAGAAGGGCAAGACCAAACUAGCCCUCUAUGGGCUUGGUUCCAUCCCAGAUGAGCGUCUGUACAGGAUGUUUGUCAACAACCAAGUAACCAUGCUUCGCCCCAAAGAAGACCAAGACAGUUGGUUUAACCUUUUCACCAUCCAUCAGAACAGGAGUAAGCAUGGUCCAACAAACUACAUUCCCGAGCAGUUUCUGGAUGACUUCCUUAACCUGGUGGUUUGGGGUCACGAGCACGAGUGUUUGAUAAACCCCACAAAAAAUGAACAGCAGCUUUUCUACAUCACACAGCCUGGCAGCUCUGUAGCCACCUCGCUGUCACCUGGAGAGGCUUCCAAAAAGCACAUAGGACUGCUGACGGUAAAGGGUCUUAAGAUGGACCUGCAGAAGAUCCCCCUGAAGACGGUACGUCAGUUCUUCAUCCAAGAUGUGGUGUUGGCUGACUACCAACACCUCUUUACACCUGAUACACCUCAGGUCACAAAGAAGGUGGAAGACUUGUGUUGUGUGAAGGUCACAGAGAUGCUUGACGAAGCUGAAAGAGAAAGACUUGGGAGUCCGCUCACACCAGAAAAACCUCUUAUCCGUAUCAGGGUGGACUACACUGGAGGAUUUGAGCCGUUCAACACAGCUCGUUUCAGUCAGAAGUUUGUGGACCGUGUAGCCAACCCCAAAGACAUUGUUCACUUUCUCAGGCAUCGUGAGCAAAAGGAGGAUAUCAAAGAUGAGUUCAAUGUUAAUUACAGCCAGAUGUUAAGACCAUCGGCAGUUGAGGGUCUGAGAGUGGAGGACCUGGUGAAACAGUGCUUUGAGAAAGCUGAACAGACUGUGCAGCUGUCCCUGCUCACUGAGCAAGGCAUGGGGAAGGCUGUACAGGAGUUCAUAGACAAAGAUGAGAAAGAUGCCAUUGAAGAGCUAAUUACAUACCAGCUGGAGAAGACACAGCGCCACCUGCAGGCCAGGGGAGUCAUCACAGAGCAGGAUAUCGAUGCAGAGGUCCGACUGUUCAGAGAUUCAAAGAAGAACACCACUGAGGAAGAGAAUGACAUCAGAGAAGCUAUGAACAGAGCUAAAGCUCACCGUUUGGAGCGUGGCGAGCAGGACAUAACUGAUGAAUUAGCUGAUGUUGAUAGUAUGAUGGACUCUGAUGAGGGCUCAGCCCCGCUCCCUCCCUCUGAACGAGGCAGAGGGGGGGGCAGCAGAGGGCGAGGUGGCCGUGGGAGGGGACGAGGUGCAGCUGCUUCUGAACCAAAGCCAGCCGGCCGGGGACGUGCCCAGAAAUCCUCAGCCUCAACCCAAAGCAGAAACAUCAUGCAAGCAUUUCAGUCUUCAUCUUCUCGUGGUGGACCGAGGAGGUCUUAUGUACAAGAUGAAAUAACUAUCGAUGACUCCGAUGAUGAUGAUUCACCUGUAAUGAAAGCUACCCGGCCUCCUCCAAAAACAGCACCAUCAUCGUCCAUUACUCGGCACAGCUCUCAGAGUCAGAGCCAAUCGAGAGGAGUUGCAUUUGAUGACAGCGAUGAAGAUGAGGAUAAUCCAUUUAAAGGCCCCACCCAUCAUGGGCGGCGAUAUCCAUAAAUGCAUCCUUUUUGCAACUGCUCACAUUUUUGACUCGCUAACAAAGGCUAUCAACUGACAACUGAGUGGCAGCAGUCAUGUUCACAAGUGCAUUUGUUUCAGUUGCCCAUACUCGUUAUUCUUAAUACUGAUUUAAUCCAUUGAUAAGCUGCUUUGGAAAAACUGCUCAUUCAUCAGGUUUUAGUGAAAAUGGUACAGAGGCAAAAAAAAGUAUUUGAACCUUUCAGUGCUUGCAUAUUUGAGUGUUGGAAUGCAAUAAAAACUAAAUAAAUAAAAAACACGCUUCUGUUUA